ACUUUGACCUGACUUAAGCGAUGUUUUCCCUGUUUAAUUCACGCUGCUAUAAAGGUUCUCGCCUUCACAUACAAUUAUACAAAUCACAAUCUCAAGCACCCGCAGAGAUGAGCCUGAUUUCACACCCCCUUAAACCCUGUAAUAAUCAAAUCUUUUUUAUAACAAGUCGUCUUCUUCAUUCAUCAAAACCCACUUCAAUCCUGUCUCAAAAUCGAGUUGAAAAGCUCAUUUCCUCUCAAUCCGACCCUCUUCUUGCCAAAGAGAUCUUCGAUUUAGCUUCAAUUCAACCCAAUUUCCACCCUUCUUACUCCACUUUUCAUUCCCUCAUUCUCAAAUUAGCUCACACCCGUCACUUCUCUCACGUCAAUUCCCUACUUGCUCAACUCAAAUCUCGAAAUUACCCCAUUUCCCCUUCUCUCUUCUCCCGACUUAUUCGGGUUUAUGGCGAAACCAAUCACCCCGAAAAGGCCCUCAAGAUGUUCCACACAAUUCUUGAAUUUAACACCAAGCCGUUGCCUAGACACCUCAAUGCUAUUCUGAGAGUUCUUGUUGCUCGCCGCGGGUUUCUCCGGCCAGCAUUGGACUUGUUUAGGUCAGCUCAUAGGUAUGGAGUCUUGGCUAAUGUCGAAUCAUAUAAUGUGUUGAUGUCUGCUUUCUGUUUGAAUGGUGAUUUGAGUAUUGCGUAUAAGUUGUUUAAUGAAAUGUUUAAGAGGGAUUUGGUUCCUGAUGUCGAGUCGUAUAGAAUAGUGAUGCAAGGGUUGUGUAGGAGGAGUCAGGUUAGUAAGGCUGCUGAUUUGUUGGAGGAUAUGCUGAAUAAAGGCUUUGUUCCUGAUGCGUUGAGUUACACGACUUUAUUGAAUAGUUUGUGUAGGAAGAAGAAACUUAGAGAGGCUUAUAAGCUUCUCUGUAGGAUGAAGGUGAAAGGAUGUAAUCCGGAUAUUGUUCAUUAUAAUACACUUAUAUUUGGGUUUUGUCGGGAAAACAAGGCAGUUCAUGCAAUAAAAGUUCUUGAGGAUAUGUAUAGAAAUGGUUGUUUACCCAAUCUGGUUUCGUAUCGGACUUUAGUUGGUGGAUUAUGUAACCAGGGAUUGUACGAUGAUGCCAACAAGUAUACCAAGGAAAUGAUACGUAAAGGUUUUUCUCCACAUUUUUCAGUUUUUCAUGUGUUAAUCAAGGGCUUAUGUAAUGUUGGUAAGAUUGAGGAAGCUUGCGAGUUGUUAGUCGAAAUGCUGAAGUUCGGAGAAGCUCCUCAUGUAGAUACUUGGGCAGAGAUAGUAGCUCAGAUUUGCGACGCGGAGGAUGAAGUUUUAAGAGUGGAGGAUACGCUGAAAAAACUUUUGAAGGUGGAGAUAAAGCCUCACACAAAGAUAGUUGAGGCAGGUGCUGGUUUGGAAGAGUAUAUGAACAGGAAGAUACAAACUAGAAGAAAGAAGUUUUGAGUGUUUUUUGAUCUCUGGGUCCAUGUCAAUUCUCACUCUGUAUCAAAUUGGCUCCCAGUAAAUGGAUUAAGCUGCUAUCUCUCCUCGUGAACACUCUGUUUGAUCUCCUCAACAAGACUUCCCACUGGUUUCCAGUGUCCGUGAACACUCCGUUCGAUCUCCUCAACAAGACUUCCCACUGGUUUCUAGUGUCCUGGAUUAUGCAGUUUAACAUAUUCUAUAGAGAUGAACAUGAAAGUGAUGUUUAGUCGGGUAGCAUCCAGAUUUCUAUCCAAGCAAGCAUUACCUUUACUAAAUAUGGUGCUUUUAUGACUUGUUUGUAGGUGUACUCUGAAUCAAGUGGAUGACUACAAUGCAAAAUCAAGUUUUGAGUUCCUUUUUUGCCUCCAUCUAUAUAUUAUAUUGCUAUGUUUAACGUACGUGCAAGGAAGUCAACUCAUUGGUCAGGACAAUUAACAACUUCAAGAUAGCUGUAGUGAAUGGAUGAUAUAUGACAUUAUGACUACAUUCCAUUAUGAUAUGUAUGGUUCAGUGCUAAUUGAUUAGAUUGUUCAGAUUUCUAUUUGUUUUUUUGCAGAUAACAAAGAAAACCUGAAGGUGGAAUCAAGCAAGAUGAAGGACUUCAAGGCAAUUACACGACGCUGAGAAUAUUUUCUUAGAAUAUAUGAUGGUAUGUUGAACUUGGAGAUACAAGUUGCAGAGAAUUUGGCAUUGCUGGUAGCGCGCUUCAGUUCUCUGCUGCUGCGAGGGCGUCUAUGGGCAGUGAAGUUGGGUGGGAACCAAACUGUUGGGGUCUGGUGCAUGUGGGUCGUAGACGGAACAUGGGUAUUCAAAUUAAAGAGCCGAAUAAUGAAGUUGUAGGAAAAAUAUAUGGAAGUGGAAGCACUGGAAGGCAAGGGGAAAAGGGAGAUGUUUGUUGGUGAAGCAUCGAAGCAGAUGGGUGGGAGAUGCAGCCUAAAUGCAGCCCAAGGACAAUGCAGGUAAGAAAUUGAAGUUGGUUUUUGGUGGUGGUGUUGGCUCUAGUUCUGGGGUGAAAGAAGUUGGUGUGAGCACUUGGGGUUCGGGUGCAGGUGGCAGUCUCUUUCCGGAGAAUGGCCCUGUCUAAUUCUAUUUUAAUUUUCUAGCUACUUUGCUUGGGUAAAGAGCUGCGAUGAUGAUAGGGAUCUCUAGUUUGUCAUUUUAAGUUGGUUUUUUCUCUUGCUUUGGGUUAGCUGUUAAAGCUCCCUCUCUUGUAUUCUCGGCCUUCCUUUAAUGUAUAUUCUCAAGUUUGCCAAAAUAAAAAGGGAAAAAGGAUGCUUGUAAAUUAAA